GGAAAGUCGUCACCAGCGAGGACCUUGAUAUGAGCUUGGAUAGGGACGGAUCGAGAAAGCGGUUGAGUCUUGACACUUUAGAUACAAUGCAAGUUAUUAUCACCGACAAGUGGAGGCUAGAGGUUCAACAUAAGCAUCAUAACUACUCUCGAUCACUCGAUCCUAGUACGCAUAAUGUCUAUCGUAGACGUACACUGGCUCAGAAAGACCUAAUCGAAUCGAUGACAAAUACUGGGGCCCGGUCGAUGCAGAUAUUGAAUGCAAUUCAAAAGGAGGAUCCGGAAACUCGAGUCUCUGCUACCGAUAUUCGUAACGAGAGGAAGGCAAUCAGAGUAUAGCACUUGAAUAGGAGGAGUCCGAUUAAGACGUCACUAGAUAACCUGUCUAUGUUGACACCUACACCUGUCCCUAUCUCUUCCCCUACUCAAUCUUAUUUGUCUUUACCCGUCUCUAUUACUGUGCC